AUGAGCCGGCUGAAUUCUGUCAAGGUACCUUCGAGGAGCAAUCAAGCCUGUUUAUCCCACCCAGGACGUGUCUUCUGUCUCAAGCACCAAAAGUGGUAUGAGGCGGGUGAAAAGUUUCGGCGACAUGAAAAACGACACCGACGACGGGUCAAAUGCGGUUACGAAAAGUGCUUCAUGACAUUUGCAACAUCCAAGGAGCGGAACGAACACUCUUAUCGCUAUCACAAGAAGUGGUCUAAAGAGAAUGACAUACCUGAUCCGAGGCGACGUUGCCAGGUAUGCCGAACAAAACUGUCAAAGGCGUCCUACAUCAAGAGACAUUUAAAACGAUCUCCCGGCUGCAAUGCAAUCCUCGGAGGAUUGCCCACCAAGGAUCAAACUCUCAUGCUGUCUGACUCCGAGAACGAUUGA